AAACUCCUCCUUUGUCUUUUGAGACCAGUAAAAAAGACUUCUCCUUUUGCUCUCUCCUGUCCCGUCGAUCUCCGUCUUCCCCAUCCCCAAUCCCUCACGCGCGUCCGCCUCGCCGCCGGCCCGCCGGGAAGAUGGCCGCGUCGGGGUCCGGGUCCGGGUCCGGCCAGAUCCAGCCGCUCAAGAUCCCGGACGCCGUCGUCGCGCUCGCGCAGGCCGCCGCCAAGGCCAACAACAGCAGCAACACCGCCGCCGCCGACGCCACCGACAAAUAUCUCCCCGGGUGGCCGCUCUUCUCGCCGCCCAAGAUGCAGCUGACCAAGUGCGCCAAGUGCCCCCGGGAGUUCUGCUCCUCCGUCGCCCUCCGCCGCCACACCCGCGUCCACCGCCGCGCCCUCAAGAUCGACAAGGAUUUCCCCAAGAACAGAGACCACCUUGCUGCAUUCUGGGACAAGCUCACGGUGGACCAGGCCCAAGCGAUACUGUCCUUGGAGGGCGUGGCUAUAGAGGAGACCAGCGCUUUGUUCAUUUUGACAUCGUUGUCGUCGUGGAUGUGUAAGCCAGGGUACGCUUCGUUGCCGCUGCCAUAUGCCAGAGCCGGCAAUGAACUCCUGGACCUUAUUCAGACCGCAGCCUCAAGACUACCCAUCUCAUCAAAUGAACUGUUUAUCAUGCUCGACGAAGCAAGCGAGAACACAUUUCUUUGUACCAACGCAGCCGACGCUGCCUGUGUUCAGAAGUUUUUGUUUGACGGGGAGGUUGACAAAGUCGCGACGGAGUUGAAAAACGUUGUUGCGUGCACUAGUUACAUCCUUGAACAGAAGCUGGUUGAAGCAUGGUCAGCUGAUAAGGCUGCUGAAGCGUUAAGAUGCCAGAAGUUGCUUGUUGAGGAAGAGGACGCUGCUCAGAAAAGGCAAGCUGAAAUCAUAGAAAGGAAGCGGAUGAAGAAACUGAGACAGAAAGAACAGAGACUGAAAGACCUCAAGGACGAGGGUACCACGGUCCAGUUACCUGAAGCGGUGGAUGGUGCGCCGAGCUCUCCUGGGAUUCAGAGUCUCGAGGCUACUUCAGGCCCUGGCCUCCACGAGCAAGAAGAUUCACAGUAUCUUCAAUUGUCAGCACCAGUGCCUUCAGAGGACAAUGAUUACAAUGGAGAAGAUGCCAAUUGUGGUUCGGGACAAGAAAUGGAUACUGGUGCCGUUUUCAGGGAACAAGCCAUGGCAACAAGCAAUCUCGACAGGAUAGAAAACCUUCCCCCAAAUAGUACUGUCUCGGGUUCUUCUGCGACUGCGUCGAAGCAUCCAUCUUCAUCGUCAGUAAGGCACUCACGUCACAGGGAGCCAAAUGCCGGUGCAGCGACAAACAAAAGCAAGACCUGGGCAUGGAAGGUGCGAACUGGUGUUGAAGAACGGUGCCCAAAAGGCGAGCCAGAUGUAGAUGCUAACCAAGAGACGGCUCCUCUCAACACGGACAAGAACUCGCAAGUGCUGAUAGGAUCCAUAAGCGUUGCGAUCGAAGGCGGUGGCAGCUGCUCGGAGGAUUCCAAGGAUUACCACCCAGCUCCUCCUGAAUCUGAUUUGAACACUCUGAACGAUCCAGUGGCCGAGGCGAUGCAGCCAAUCAGCCAUGAUGAGAACGGAUGCGAAGACGCUAACGCAGCAGAGGAUCACUCUCCCUCUAGUGUCGUGACAGAUGAAAGCGGCUGCGACGCAGAGGCGGCAGAGGGCGGAAGCCUACGACGCGGCUCCGUUUCUUCCGGUCAGGAAGCGGCGGCCUUCCUUUCUCAAAGAUGGAAGGAAGUCAUGGCUGGGGAUCAUGUGAAGCUUGUUCUUUCUUCUCUUCCAAUUCCAUUCCAUUCGUCGGAGAGAGAGGAGAAGAUGCUGUCGUGGAAGUUCAGCCGGAAGGGCGCCACGGGCUUCUCCUGGGCCUCCACCGCCGACGAGGUCACCGCCGGCGUCACCGCCUCUGGCCUCACCGCAAUAGUCACCGGUGCGUCGAGCGGGAUCGGCGCGGAGACGGCGCGCGUGCUGGCCGCGCGCGGCGCCCACGUCGUCAUGGCCGUCCGCAACCUCGCCGCCGGCGACACCGUGCGCCAGGCCGUCCUCGCCGAGACCCCCGCCGCCAGCGUCGACCUCAUGGAGCUCGACGUCUCCUCCCUCGCCUCCGUCCGCAACUUCGCCGCCGACUUCGCCGCCAGGGGCCUCCCGCUCAACAUCCUCGUCAACAACGCGGGAAUAAUGGCGACCCCUUUCACCCUCUCAAAGGAUGGCAUCGAGAUGCAGUUUGCGACUAACCACGUCGGGCAUUUUCUUUUGACACAUCUUGUGCUGGACACCAUGAAGAAGACCUCUCGCGAAUCAAACGUGGAAGGAAGAAUCGUCAUUGUUGCCUCGGAGGGGCACAGGGUUACGUACAAGGAAGGCAUCCGUUUCGCCAAGAUAAAUGAUGAGCAAGGGUAUGGCACCCUUGCAGCAUAUGGGCAGUCCAAGCUUGCCAACAUUUUACACGCCGGUGAACUUGCCAGGAGAUUUAAGGAAGAGGGUGUUAACAUCACUGCCAACUCCCUGCAUCCUGGAUCCAUCCUCACAAACCUUCUUCGCAACCGCGGCAUCAUAUAUGCCUUUGCCUCUGUGUUUGCAGCCAUCGAGCGGACGCUUGGUAAACUGCUGCUCAAGAACAUCCAGCAGGGGGCUGCGACGCAGUGCUACUUGGCGCUGCACCCGGACGCCAAGGGGGUGUCGGGCAAGUACUGGUGCGACAGCAACCUGUACGAGCCGAGCGACAAGGCCAAGGACGCGGAGCUGGGGAAGAAGCUAUGGGACUACACCCUCGACCUCGUCGCCUGACGUGAAGAAUACCUUAUCUGGUUUGGUUUGGUUGAUGGAUGGAUGCGUGCGUCAUGUGCAUGUACUCCCGAUAUGGAGAGAUGAGAUGAAGGAUGAGGGGACGACGAAAUGAAUCCCUCCCCAGGACGUCGAUGCGGUAUCUAUCUGGGCUGUGAGAUACUCAUACUCUUUUCUGCGGUUCCUGUGUAUUGUAUACAUACGGGGAUGAAAUCAGAAUGAAAUACACAAUAUAUUUUAAUUAUGUAUGUGAUGUAUAUGUCCA